AACACCAUGGUCAGCUCUUGUUGUGGCUCCACCUGCUCUGGCCAGAGCUGUGGCUCUGGCUGCUGUGCCCCCUGCUGCUGCUGGAUUGGCUGCUGCUUCCGGCCUCCCUGCUACCAGAGCACCUGCUGCAGGACCAAAUGUUACAGGCCUACCUGCAUUGUGUCCACCUGCUGCCGCCCCUGCUGCUGUGGGUCCAGCUGCUGCCAACCCUGCUGCCGCCCCACCUGUUGUAUUUCUAGCUGCUGCCAGCCCUGCUGCCGCCCCAGCUGCUGUGGCUCCAGCUGCUGCCAACCCUGCUGCCGCCCCACCUGUUGUAUUUCUAGCUGCUGCCAGCCCUGCUGCUGCCCCAGCUGCUGUGGGUCGAGCUGCUGCCAGCCCUGCUGCCGCCCCAGCUGCUGCCCCAGCUGCUGUGGGUCCAGCUGCUGCCAGCCCUGCUGCCGCCCCAGCUGCUGCCAGACUGCCUGUUGCAGAACUACCUGCUGCCGUCCAGCCUGCUGUGGCUCCUCCUGCUGCUGA